CGUUGUGACUCGCAAAGUUCCCAACCAAAAAUCCCAUCUCCUCCGAUCCCUUCCUUUCCUGCCAUCUAGCUAGCAAAGAUGAUCUCCCCGGACGCGGCUCGCAACGUCGUCGGCAUCAUCGGCAAUGUCAUCUCCUUCGGCCUCUUCCUCGCCCCCGUGCCGACGUUCUGGAGGAUCUGCAAGAGGAAGGACGUGGAGGAGUUCAAGGCGGACCCAUACCUAGCGACGCUGCUCAACUGCAUGCUCUGGGUGUUCUACGGCAUUCCCGUUGUCCACCCCAACAGUAUCCUCGUCGUCACCAUCAACGGCAUCGGCCUCCUCGUCGAGGGCACCUACCUCCUCAUCUUCUUCCUCUACUCCCCCAACAAGAAACGCCUGAGGAUGUGUGCUGUGCUGGGCGUGGAGUUGGUGUUCAUGUUGGCGGUGAUUCUGGGUGUGCUGCUGGGCGCGCACACCCACGAGAAGCGCUCCAUGAUUGUCGGUAUCCUCUGCGUCUUCUUCGGCUCCAUCAUGUACUUCUCCCCUCUCACUAUCAUGGGGAAAGUGAUAAAGACGAAGAGCGUGGAGUACAUGCCGUUCUUCCUGUCGCUGGUGUGCUUCCUCAACGGCGUCUGCUGGACGGCCUACGCGCUCAUCCGCUUUGACAUCUACGUGACCAUCCCCAAUGGUCUCGGCGCCCUCUUCGGCGCCAUCCAGCUCAUUCUCUAUGCUUGCUACUACCGGACCACACCUAAGAAGACCAAGGCCGCCAAGGACGUCGAGAUGCCCUCCGUCGUUGUCUCCGGCACCGGCGCCGCCGCCGCUGCCGGUGGCGGUAACACCGGCGGCGGCAGCGUCUCCGUCACCGUCGAGCGAUGAGCUGAACUGAGCUAGCAAAGCCGUCGUCGUACGUGAUUUCGACCGUCAUAUCGAUCAUAUAUCCUCUGAAAUGUCGAGUGGUUUUUAGCUCAGAGCGUGUGUCAUCGUGGUUUCCCGUAGUAGUGAAAGGACUUGAUUUCACAUGCAGCUCAUGCAUGCAUGUAAUUUAGUCAUAAUUAUAUAUUAUGCCGAGAUAAUGAGACCAUGCUACCCUGUGCUUUGGUUUUGGUUGGUGUCGUGAUCACGAUGGCGUUGUUAAUUUGUCUC